AAAACAGGAUACACCAAUUUACCGGCGGCGGGUCUCCACAGCAACGUCGCACCGUGUAGUGACGCCAAACAGGCGGAUGGCAAGUAGGCGUAUCUCCUUCCCAGGUCCGCGUGGGCGUCCCCGUGUGGUAGGGAGAGCGAAACACGACACCCCUAGAGAGGAAGGGGGGUAGAGAAUACGGAGUGAGUGGAAAAUGAAAAGUCUGUAGAAAGAGAAAGAAAAAAAACGUGGUUCCAUACUAUUCAGAUUGAGAUUUUUUCUUACGUUGUUUUGACUGCUGGAAUGAUGAUAUGGAAGAUUCGACCAUGCAACAAUGUAACGCGGUUAAACUGAUGAGCUAAAUAAUUAGAACCGAGUGUUACAAGGCAUUCCCCCGCUAUCGGCACGACGGACAUAAAAGUUAAACGCCAUUCAGCGCUCACGAUUGGAUUUAUACAAAGCUAGAACACUUCGUCUCAACGAUUUGUGAAAAAGAACACAAAAAAAUACAACUUGGAGCUCAAAAGUAACUAGGGAACAGUAGGGGCCAGGGGUUUAGAGCGCUUGAGAACAGAGGGAUUUAGGCUAAGCUUAGAAACGGAAAAGUUUUAAAGCAAACGAGAAAUUUUGCAACAUAUCAAGAAGAACAACGAAGUCUGGGUGUCGGAUACCAAGCGAGCUAGAAACCAAACGGGAAACUGUCUGAAUUGACCAGAGUCACCAUGAAAACCCCGGGGGAUACGGGGUUCGCCUUCCCCGACUGGGCCUACAAGCCCGAGUCGAGCCCCGGCUCGCGACAGAUCCAGCUGUGGUGCUUCAUCCUGGAGCUGCUGCGGAAGGAGGAGUACCAUGAAGUCAUCGCCUGGCAGGGCGACUACGGAGAGUUUGUCAUCAAGGACCCCGAAGAGGUGGCCCGACUGUGGGGCGCCCGCAAGUGCAAACCUCAGAUGAACUACGACAAGCUGAGCAGGGCGCUUCGAUACUACUACAACAAGAGAAUCCUCCACAAGACCAAAGGGAAGAGGUUUACCUACAAGUUCAACUUCAACAAGCUGGUGCUGGUCAACUACCCCUUCAUCGACAUGGGCUCUGGUAGGGGAGUCCCCCAGAGCGCCCCCCCCGUGCCGACUGGGGGCAGCCACUUCCGCUUUCCCCCCUCCACCCCGUCCGAUGUGCUCUCCCCCAGUGAGGACCUGCGCAGCCCGGGCAUGUUCAGCAGCGUGGCCCGCCGCCUGGGCCGCGGCUCUGUCUCCGACUGCAGCGACGGCACCUCCACCAACUCUGAGCUGGAGGAAGGCGUGGGGGGUGAAGAUCGUGGCGGCACGGGCCCUGAACGGGCAUUCCGCGGCCUCCUCCACCCCCGCCUCUCCCACGACUCGCUGUUUCGCGCCUACGGAGGCCCUGGUGGGCUAGGCCGCCCCCCGCCCGGCCACAGAGUCCAUGGUGACCCCAUGUCCCCGUUCCCUGUGUCCCCCCUGCCGGGCCCUGGGGGCCUCCUGGGCUCCACCCUGUCUCCGGCCCUUUCCAUGACCCCUGGCUCCCACCUGCCCUACACCCCGUCCCCCUCCCUCAGCCCCAUGCUGGGCUCCCACUUCUCCUUCAACCCGGACGACAUGAAGCGCUACCUGCAGGCCCACCACCAGAGUGUCUACAACUACCACCUCAGCCCCAGAGCCUUCUUCCACUACCCCAACAUCGUGGUCCCCCAGCCCCACAGGCCCUCUGCCGCCCCUGACAAGCCCAUGACAGCCCACCACCAUGCCCCGCCCAUGCCCCACUCCCAUUCGUUGCACCACCACCAAGGGGAGGAGCAGCACCCCUCGCCCUUCAAGUUCAAGCUGCAGCCACCUCCGCUGGGGCGUAAACAGAAGGACGGCUCCACCUCCUCUACCGGGGUCUCCUCCUCUAGCCUAGGCUCCUCCUACGCUGCCUCAGGACUACUCUCUAACUCCUCCUCCUCAGUGGGCCCAAAAAUCAAGGUGGAGCCUGUCUCCGACGUUGAGUCCGAUGAGGAGGUGGAGGUGACCGACAUCAGCGAGGAGGACGAGCUGCUUGAUGAUGACGAGGGAGAUGUCUUCACCCCCCCUCAUCCCACCAACGGAACCGCCCCUACUGCCAUCACCAACGGCAACCUGGGCGCCAUCGUCGAGGACGACCUGGACGAGGACGUGUUCAAAACCCCCGCCGCCCCUCCCAUGGGCCCUCUAACCCCCUCCCUGUUGGCCCUGAAGCGCGAGCCGGGCCAAGGCCCUCCCAUCAGCCCUGGUGACACCCUCUGCAUCCCCCUGAAGCUGCGCUUCAAACGCCGCUGGAGCGAGGACCAGAAGAUGGAGGCCGAUGGCGAGCGCGAUGAGGCCGAGGACAAGAAAGUGCGGGCAGAGAAACAGGUGGAGCCAGCAAGGAGGGAGUCAGAGAAUGGGGAGGGGCCAAGGAGAAGCCUGUCCCUGAGUAUGCGCGCUCCUCCCCCUCCGGCCCAGCGCAGGGCCAGCUCCGAGUUGCAGAGAGCCACAGCCCAGCUGUCUCUGGAGAGCCAUGGAGCUUGCUGAGGCAGGGAUACGCACAAACCGUGGACACGCAUACACACAAUCACAUGCCCGUACCUACAUACACAUUCACUCAUAUAACCAAGCAUGCACAUAGAAACAAGUGCCUGGGCAAAAAGCCUUUUUACUCCAAUUUGCAACACAUGAAACCCAGAACAUUAACAAACAGCUCGGCAUUCUGUGACUAAGACACUAAGGGAUGGUCAUAGACACUAAGGGAUGGUCAUAGACACAAAUUAAUACUGACACCCCCUCUAAACGAAGGACCCCCUGGGCCUAUCCCUUAGACCUGUACACUGCCUUUAGGUGCCUCCCAUCUCGCCUCAACAUCUCCCAGUAACACCCAUAGCUCCUUUGCCUUUCAGGGAUGCAUCAACACAGAUGGGAAAGAACCCCCCCCCACCCACCCACCCCUUCAACAGACUUGAAAAGAGAUUACAGAAGUGCCUGUCUUCACAUACAAUGGUUUACAAAGCAAAGGAAAGCGAGGGGCCUCGUACCAACUCUUGUCAACUAUUCCAUCACCUUUGACUGGGAAGGGAGCUCAGGAGUCAUAACGAAGAGACUUCCCUGUCCAUAUCUGUCUAAUCACAGGGACUGACUUAGAGACUUAGGACUGAAUUUGUGUCUGAGUCAGCGCUCUCUCUUUGACCAUCGUCCCCCACCGACUUGAGCGUAGGGACAAAAAACAAAAUGGCGUGCAUCCAAGCCUUAAUGGACAGCUCGUGUACUGGGCAGGGUCCAACAAGGGGAGCAGCAAAAAGCCUUCAAGUUGGGGCCCUACAUGUUAGGGGCCAUUAAUGUGGGGGUCCUACAUGUUAGGGGCCAUUAAUGUGGGGGUCCUACAUGUUAGGGCCCAUUAAUGUGGGGACCCUACAUGUUAGGGGCCAUUAAUGUGGGGACCCUACAUGUUAGGGGCCAUUCAUGUGGGGGCCCUACAUGUUAGGGGCCAUUAAUGUGGGGACCCUACAUGACUUUUGCACAAUCUUAUAAGGAGUGAAACGAGGAGAUUGGUAAUUUGUUCGCUUGGAAUGGUGUUGAAAGAGUAUCUUAGAGGUCUCCUCCGUUCCCCUGGUUUGAGCUGCUUCUUUCUCCCAUAGAGAGCGCCUCAAAAAAGAAAAAAAGGACAGUAUUUGGGAAGACGCGGUGCACGGAGGGUUAGAAGUACCUCUGUAUAUACAAUGUUCUUGAACUGAAACGAAUAUUUUUUUUUUCUCACUCCCCCAAAAAAGUAUACAGUGAAAUGAAUGCGAGUACCUAGGUGAGCUCAUGCAAAGCCUUUUAGUGACAUUUUAAACUUUUAAAUUCCUUUUUAUUUUCUGUAUUUCACAAAUACGCAGCACAUUUUUUUUGAACAAACAAGACAAAUUGAGAUUGUGCUUUUUUUUAAGCUGACAGGCGACUAUACGUGAAUUACCCUGGCCAAAUAAUGUACACACACACACACUAUAGAAGCCUCAAGCAUACCGUACUGAAAUUUGUUGGUGUGGGCACAGACCUUAUACACUGACUGCCACUUUGCCUUUUUUUUAUACCAAGAAACAGAAUCUGAAUAACUAAAACCAAUACUACACAUAUUUUAUUUGAAUAUAUUAAAUACAAAUGUUAUAAUUCAAAAAAUUAUAAUUUGAUAUGAAUCAGGAAAUGCUAUUUUUAAUGAUAACUCUGUCGGACAUGUGUAUAUAUAUAUAUGAGGGAGCCUCUUCUCACCUUGCCUCUCUUGACAGUGGAGCUGAAUUGGAAAGGGAUCAUGUGCAAGAGGAAUCGGAACACAUUUAAUAUUUAUAAUGUAAAAAUAAGUGUUCUGAUUGGUGGGUGAAAAGCGACCAGUAAAUGAACAAAUAAUGGAGAAAUGUUGCAUCGUGGAAACGUUUUAAGAUUUUGGGGUCACGUUUUCUGGCCCCCCCGUUUUCUGCCCCCCCCCCCCCCCCCCCCCCCCCGAACCCCAACUUUACGACCAGGAUCCCACCCCCUCUCAGCAACCCAAACUCUCCUGGAAACACAAGGACAGGGCACCUUUGUUGUCUAUUGAACCCACUGUUUGUCUGGACUUGGCCUUUGUCUUGGACCAUGAACUAUACUAGGAGAAUGCAUCAGUAACACUCCGCCACCUGAAUAUGUACAUGUUUGAGGUAGACCUGGUCUGCUGAGAGGUCUGUAAUGUGGGUUAACCUAGAGUAAAAGGAAGGUGACAUCACUAGCGACAUGAUCCCCCACCCCCGUACUAGUCUCUGGGUUGGAAGACUCUUAACCAAAGAAACAACCCUCGCCCAUGCAGGAUAUGACAUCACAAAACCUCAGAGAGGGACUUCCCGUAAUCUGAGAAGACGCUCUGCGGGUGCCGUCUAGGUCCCUCCAGCCUUUGUAACUCAACAAGAGCCGGGCCCAAAAAAAAGACUCGCUCAAGAGUUUGUUCAUAGCACUAGUAUGGUGUAAGUGGGUGUCUGUAUGCAGAUGUUGGUGUUGCCGUAGCCACCCAGUACGUCUUUUGUCCUGCCUUGCAUUGUAACUGACAGCUUCAAAAGAAAAUCAUCUAAAAAUGUACCCACUUUUCCCUCGUCGUUGCUGUUUGUUAUUUGUCCCAAAUGAUUAUUUACUGUCAUUGUUAUUAUUAUUAUUAACGUUAUUUACUAUUUGAUUAUUUUGUACCCCUCUGGGCCUACCUCUUUUCCAUGGCUAUUUGAAUCCCUCGCGUUUUGUAUUUUAUAUUUUCAGUAUGUAUUUUCCAGACAACGACAACUCCUCCAUCUUACUAUUAGCUGAACUAAAAUAGUGGUUUUAACUUCAACUGAGCUAGUUGUAUUUGUAAUUAUGGACACAUGGAAAAGAGGAGCUCACAUAAUCCUAUCACAUUACCUUUGUUUUGAAAUAUCUUUUUGGGUCUUUGUGUAUAUAGAUUAUUUUUUUUUGGGGGGGGGCUCGGUAAGAAAUACAUUCUAUUGCUUUGACAUUGUAUUAUUUGAAUGGUGUCGUUUUCACUCUCCUUUCACUCUUCACUCUCCUUUCACACUCCUUUCAGUGGUUACUUAACACUCAAACAGAGAGGACUCCAUACCAUGAGGCAACAUGUAUACCUUCUGUUUCUCUUGUAUUUUUCCCCCUCAUUUGUAAUUAAAUUGUAAUCGGGGUUAAUUAAAACAGGUAAAAAUGGA